CAUCGGGUUUCUGUAUCUUUUGACAAUCGAUAACUUUAUCGACUGAAACAAACGGAAUAGAAAUACUGGAAAAAUGUGAUAAAAUGGGUUUCUGUAUCUUUGAAAGUCGAUAAGUUCAUCGAUUCAAAUGUCAAAACUUAUCACUUACCAUCAAGCAGGCGAAUAGAAAGAAACUAAAUAAAAUGUCUGAAGCUAAAAAGAGAUCCUCCCGAGUUACCGGUGGUCAGAAGACAACUUUAAUAGAAUAUAGGGCCGAAAACAAGCCCUUUGCAAGAGGCCAAUUCUCAAGCCUAAAUUCUAGGCAAAAUAACAGCGAGACGUGGGAGAGUUUAAGCGCACAGCUAAAUGCUCAAGGACCUAACGUAAAAACUGUUGAGCAAUGGAAAAAGGUAUACAUAAUAUACAUAUACAAAAACAAAUGCUGGACAGACAUCAAAUCGUCCGUUAAAAAACAAGCCAGCGAGCAAAGGGCGUUUAUGAAUAAAACUGGUGGUGGGAGCGUAGUGGACCGACCUCGACCACUCAGUGAUAUGGAUGAGAAAGUUUUGUCCAUCAUUACAAUUGAUGCCGUUGAUGGGGAUGGUUCAACCCCUGAAUUGGGAAUAGAAGUAGCACUCAAUGAAUACGAUAAUCUAGAAAUUGAACUAGAUGAAGACGAGGGCCCUAAACCUCCAAAAGUUAAGAAGACCCAAAAUAUUGGGUAUGCAAAUGCUUUGGAGGAAGCAAGGGCCAUGCAAAGCUCCGUCGAACAAAAGCUCGACGAAAUUUUAAAAAUAAUCAAGGAAAUUCUGGAUUUAAAAAAAAAAAAGUGAAUAUUAGCUCUUUAUAUGUAAUUAACUCUCUCCGUGUGAUUUGUUUGUUGUUUUUUUAAGUAUACAUAUUUAUUUUACUGUUUGUAUGUUUUAUGAAGUUUAUUUAUUUUAUUGGAUUCACUAUUUUUAUUUUUUUUAAGGAUGUUUUUUAUUAUUUUGUUAAAAUAAAAAUAAGCCUAUAGCAUAUAUUUAUAAAGACUUGCACUUCGAUUUUCAUUCCUUAACAAAACAUUGGUACUUUUCGAGUGACAUUAUUUUCCAACUAAAACUUAUCAGAAUUUCAGUGAAAUUUCAAUGUCACUCGAAAAGUAUUUGCUCGAUUUGGAUAAUUCAAAAGCUUCUGAGUCACUUAUUAAGUGUUAUGCUGAAUUUCAAAAACAAUUUUUAAUUUCAACAAAUAUUUCAAAAAAACAUCAUAUGAAAAUAGUUUCCUCAUGCUCAAGGAUUGUAUACGAAAUGACGAAACUAUUCCUAUAUGAAUUUUUUUUGUAAUUUCUGCUUGAAUCGAAAAUGGA